AGGCAUGCGCGAGCUCCCUCGGGGCAGCCUGGCACGCAGGGGUGGUCACCUGGCCGGCAAGGAGGAAGGUCUCGGGGAGGGAGCCGGCUCGCAGGAGUCGGUUCCAGCGUGUUCGAGUUACAGCUGCGAGCCCUCAGGGACACCGGCGGCAAGUCCAGGCUUGCGGAGAGGGGAGCCAGUCCCGGGAGAGCGCAAGUCGCAGCGAGCCCGUGUGCGCGCCUGUGCGCGCGCCCCGCGACGGCGCAGGGGGAGGGGAGGCCGCAGCAGCCACUCAGAGGAACCGUAGUGAAGCCUCCCAACAACUUUAACUGUCAAUCAGACUUAAUAGGGUAUUAAAAAAAAAAAAAUGGGGGGAAAAGGGCCGCCCUCUAGCUCAACGCCGCGGCUGCCCCGGGAGUGAAUGAAUAAGGCCGCGCAGACCAGGGCGUCCGAUCCACGCGCCCUCCGCACCCGGGCCCUCUCGAAGUUGGAAAGGACAAAAAGAAGGCAAUAAACGCGAAAAAGGGAGAGAGAGAGGCAGCCGGAUCGAGAGGCAACUCCCAGCGUGUGCUGGGAGAGAGAGGGAGGGAGGGAGCCGGGGAGAACGAGCGCGCGCGAGGGCGAGCCCUGCGCGUAAAGAAACUGACACCCGGGCCCCCCACUUCUGCUGCACGUUGCUGGCAAUCAGAUCGCGUUUAAGCAAUUUCCUGAGCCCAAGAAUAGCAAUGAGUCGGGAGACUUUCGCGGGCUGAAAUUGGGAGCUCCAAGCAAUCCCCCCACCCCACUUUUUUUUUUUUCUCCUGGAGAAGGGGUGGGGGCGCGCUACAAUUUGGAAACAGCUUUUUUUUUUUUUUUUAAAUCUUGCACUUUGAAACCGCGGGACCGUAGCAGGGUGCGCGCGUGCGGUUGGUGCCUUUUUUUUCUUCGCCUGCCUAAACUCCUCUGUCAGUCUGUAAACAUUACCUGAGAAUUCCCCAGCCGAAACGGCUGCUGGGGCAAGAAACUUCUUGUUAGAACUUUCCACCUCCGGCUUCGCCUCCACCUCCCGUACCGUCCCAACCUUCUGAGACGCUUUUUCUCCUCCCGGGGAGGAUUGAUUUUUUUUUUUUUUUCUCACCCUGUGCUUUGCAUUUGGGAAGAGGUGAUUUGAUUCAAGAGUGGCCAGGUGGGACGCCUCUCUCCUUCUUAUUCGGUUUAUUUAUUAUUGUUUGGGUGUUUUCUUUUUUAAUUCCUGUUUUGUUCGGUCUGGGGAGUUUUCCGCCCCCUGCCCGGCUCCGCGGCGCGGAGGAUGGUGUGGAAAUGGCUGGGCGCCUUGGUGGUGUUCCCUCUACAGAUGAUCUAUCUGGUGGCGAAAGCAGCCGUCGGACUGGUGCUGCCCGCCAAGCUGCGGGACCUGUCGCGGGAGAACGUCCUCAUCACCGGCGGCGGGAGAGGAAUCGGCCGUCAGCUCGCUCGCGAGUUCGCAGAGCGCGGCGCCAGAAAGAUUGUUCUCUGGGGCCGUACUGAGAAAUGCCUGAAGGAGACAACGGAGGAGAUUCAGCAGAUGGGCACGGAGUGCCACUAUUUCAUCUGUGAUGUGGGCAACCGGGAGGAAGUGUACCAGACGGCCAAGGCUGUCCGGGAGAGGGUGGGUGACAUCACCAUCCUGGUGAACAAUGCUGCUGUGGUCCACGGGAAGAGCCUGAUGGACAGUGACGAUGACGCCCUCCUCAAGUCCCAGCACAUCAACACGUUGGGACAGUUUUGGACCACCAAGGCCUUCUUGCCGCGCAUGCUGGAGCUGCGGAACGGCCACAUCGUGUGCCUCAACUCCGUACUGGCGCUGUCUGCCAUCCCCGGGGCCAUCGACUACUGCACGUCCAAAGCGUCGGCCUUCGCCUUCAUGGAGAGCCUGACCCUGGGGCUGCUGGACUGUCCGGGCGUCAGUGCCACCACGGUGCUGCCCUUCCACACCAGCACCGAGAUGUUCCAGGGCAUGAGGGUCAGGUUUCCCAACCUCUUCCCCCCGCUGAAGCCGGAGACGGUGGCCCGGAGGACUGUGGAAGCCGUGCAGCUCAAUCAGGCCCUCCUGCUGCUCCCAUGGACCAUGCACGCCCUCAUCAUCUUGAAAAGCAUCCUCCCACAGGCUGCACUCGAGGAAAUCCACAAAUUCUCAGGGACCUACACCUGCAUGAACACUUUCAAAGGGCGGACAUAGAGGCGAAACCCAGAGACACGCUCAAGGAGCCAGAGCCGGAGGGGGCCACGCACCCGGGCACUCGCCUUGCGCCUGUCCGUCGGCACAGUUCUGCUGGGUGAGCAGGACACCUCCUCUCCCCCAGGAAGAAUCUGGCUGCCCCCCCCCACUGGCCAGCCCCAGGACCUUUGCACAGGACUGAUGGGGAUAACUCUGACCCCCAUGGGGAGGCGAGAAACCAGCCAGCAGCCGUCUUGACACUUUUGUGCAUUUCUAAUUCUGUAGAGUUUAUUGUUCAAUCGCUUCUCCAGUCUAACCAACCUCAGCCAUGUGCAUAGACUAUUUCCAGAAGGGUCUGUCCCCAGAUGCUCUGCCUCCCCCUCCAAAACCUCCUUAUCCUUGGCUUGCACAAACUGGUUGAACAGCAGGAAUGAAAAAUAAAGAGAGAUGGCUUUUGUGA